AUGAUAAAAUUAUUAGCUUUUACUAUUAUAACAUGGUAUUUAUUCUAUUUUUGUGAUUGUGGCUCACUCCCAGAUUCACAACUAGCUGAACAAACAUUAAUAACAACGUUAUUAAGUGAUUAUAAUAAAAAUAUAAGACCAGACACUCAAGUAUCUGUUGAUGUUAGUGCUUCGUUACAACAAAUUGUAGCUAUAGAUGAAAAACAACAAAUAAUGACAACAAGUUCAUUUAUUUCCCAAACAUGGUUCGAUUAUCGAUUGUCAUGGACACCAAAUGAUACAAAUAAUAAUAUUAGUGUACUUAUGCUCCCAGUUAAAACUUUAUGGAUACCAGAUACAAUGAUAUUGAAUUCAGCAGAUGCAAGUGGUUAUCUCACAGUGAGUGAUUAUAGUUUAGCAUCUGUUUAUUAUACGGGUCAAGUGUAUAUGAUAUUACCAGCAUUAACAAUAAGAACACGAUGCAAUUUAUAUGUUAAAAAAUUUCCAUUUGAUCAACAAAUAUGUAGCAUUAAUAUAACAUCAUGGAGUCAAGGAUCUAAUAGAAUUCUAUAUACAGAAAAUAGUAGUUUACUAGUUGAUACGAGUGAAUAUAGUGAACAUCCUGUAUGGGAAUUGAAUGAAAUUGGUAUAGUAGUACUUGAAGCAUCGGAUAGGGCACCAUUUGAAGAUACUUACAAUGAUAUUAUAUCAAUACAAUUGUAUUUACAAAGAAAACCAUUAUUUUUUAUUGUCAAUGGUAUAUUUGCAUGUUGGAUUUUAAAUUGUGUUACAUUAUUAUCAUAUGCAUUAUCCUUUGCAACACAAAUUAGUCUAUGUAUGGUAUGUUUUAUGACCUAUUCUGUUUAUUCAUUGAAUUUUUCUAAUUUAUUUCCGCAACAAUCUGAAUAUUUAAUGAUGAUUACAUUAUACUUUUUAUUAUCAAUUUGUUGGACAUUAAUAUCAAUGGCAUGGUUUCUUAUAUAUAAUUAUAUUGUAACAAAAGGUGAAAUGGCAAAAUCACUUUAUAAUUUUUGUGGAUACUUACAAAGAAUAUUUUUUUGUUGUUUUCCACGACCAAAACAAAAUAGUAAAGUAGAUAAAAAGAACGAUAUUAUUGCUGAGAAUGGUGAAAUGAAGAUUUUUCAGAAUCAAGAAAGUACUCAACAAAUGAAAUGUGUUCCACGUCUUCGAAAACAGAAUAGUAUUGAAACCAUGGAAAUGAAACAGCAUAGUUCCGCUACACAUACAGAAUCGAUAAAAAAAAGUCCAAUUGACGUUCAGCCAUGGGAAACAAGCAAGGAAGCGAAACGAAAAUGUAAUUUCUGCAAUAGAUGCGAAUCCUGUCAAGCUGAUAUCGAUAAAGAUAAGAUGAAAAUCUACUCAUCAAUUACAAUGACUAGCAAUAAUGCAUUAGCUGAUAUUGAACUUCGAUGUAUUCCCGACAAUUCACAUGCCUUGUCUGGUGUUUUAAAUACAAAAAAAGUUCGUUUCGAUAUCGAAACAAAAAGCAAAGGAGAAACAACGAAACGAACACCACUCAAUUUAGUACUUCUCCUUGACCACAGUGGAUCCAUGCAAUCAGACAACAAAUUAACAUUUGCAAAAAAAGCUGUUAUUUCCGUCCUUAAACUUCUUAAUGAUGACGAUAUAGUUCAUCUAGUUGCAUAUGACAAUGAUGUAUCGAUUAUCUUUGAGAAUGCUCGCGCAUUUUCUCGUGAGCAUCUUUAUUCUCUUGUUGAUGAUAUUGAAGCUAAUGGUUCGACAAAUAUAUCCGGUGCUAUCGAUGUCGGCGCUAAUCUCUUAGAGAAACAUGUCUAUAAUGGAUAUUCACGUCGUAUGUUUCUUUUUUCUGAUGGACAGGCUAAUGUUGGACUAAAAACACGAGCUGAACUAACUAGUCUCGUAGCAAAAUAUAAUGCUCAAGGUAUUAUAACCGACUCUUUUGGUAUUGGUGCUGAUUUCGAUAGCGAAAUCAUGAAAGGUAUUGCUGAUGCUGGCGGAGCAAGAUUUUACUUUCUUGCCUCAUCAGAUGUAAUUGAAUUACUUGUUACCAAAGCACUUGUGUGUGUUUUUGGUGUAUGUGCAUCACGUGUUCGUCUUCUCGUACGUGGUAAAAAUGGAGCUAUUGUUACGAAAAUGUGGGGUCAUGAAAAUCUUGUUGCUGGCGCUAGUCUCGGUGAUCUCUAUACAAAUAAUCUACGAUCCAUUCUUUGUGAAUUUACAACGUCUGGUACAUCAAAUACUGAAGUUGAAAUAUUGGCAUAUGAAUUACAAUAUGCAUAUCCAGAGAAUCCCAAUGGCACACCAAUAGUGAUCAAAAAUAUUUUAUCAUUGAAAUUUGUUGAAGAUGAAUCACUUGUUACGGAUAUUGAUCCUCGUGUGAAAAUGAUGUAUGCUACUCAAACGGUUGCUAAUAUGGAUAAACAAAUUGCACAAUUAGUGAGUGAUGGACACCGAAAAGAAGCGAUUGCUCUUGUGGAUGAACAAAUUGUAUUAUUGAAAGACGUUGAAAAAUUCGAUGAUGAAAAAGGAAUGAUUGCGUUAUUACUUCAAAUGACCACUCGAAUGCAGAAUAAAUUGAAAGAUGAAACUAUUGAUCGAAAAGUUCUUUCUCAAGGAUAUAAACAUCAAGCACAUUUAAAAGAAGAAUGUGAUGAGGACGAUAUGGGCUUCGGACUCUUUGAUUAA